GUCAGUGUCGUCACUUCCGGGUGAGGCUGAGGACGAGCUCGUCAUCCUAAGUAGUGUGAGGUCCUAGGAUCUCCCAGCACUGUGACCCGAGUAACAGGCCCCAGCACGGGGUGCACCCCACAGGGCCCGGAGAAUGAGCAGCGCCAAGCGGAAAGACGAGCACCCUGUGUCCAAUGGGGGUGUGAAGGUGAAACAGUCUCCCUGGAGCAAAGCAUUUCGGGCAGACGCAGCCUGGGAGGACAAGGAUGAGUUCCUGGAUGUCAUCUACUGGAUACGGCAGAUCCUGGCCAUCAUACUGGGUGUGAUUUGGGGUAUCGUUCCUCUGAAGGGAUUUGUGGGAAUAGCUAUAUUUUGCCUAAUCAAUGCCGGCGUACUGUACCUGUAUUUUAGCAGCUUCCAGCAAAUAGAUGAGGAAGAGUAUGGCGGUACCUGGGAACUAACUAAGGAAGGGUUUAUGACCUCGUUUGCUCUGUUUUUGGUGGUUUGGGUCAUUUUCUACACAGCGAUUCAUUUCGAUUGAUGAUCAUUUUUAUCUCCCCUUUUUGCUGCCAAAUCCCACAUUUUUGGUCAAGAAGAACGGUAAUUUUUUAAAAAUCAGCCAAUAAAAAGGACAUUUCAUGUGAAUAGGAAUGGAAGAAAGUUGUUUCUUUUUUUUUUUUUUUCUUCUUUUUUAACAGCGUUUCCACAGAUUCUGACCUUGGGGCUGCAGGUACAGUUCACCGCCAUAGCUCCUACUUUUUCUAAGUCCUUUGCUUAAAAACUCUUUAUUCGGCUCUGGGAAAAUGUCAGCGUCUUCACUUGGCACCAUGGCUUACCAGGACGGCGGCAUGGCGUGAGGGACAUACCAUAGAAACGGGCUCUGUUGUCACAGUGUAAGCUUCAGCAUCCAGACGGGAUCCCUAUUUUACACAUGGAUGAGCGAGGCUUCCAGUAUCGGCUCGCACGUGUUUUCCGUUCACGUGGGAGUGGAAUUCUCUAGAAGAGCAGAACAAUAUCUUCAGCUUCCGCGUGACUGAAGGCCCUUAUGCAGCUGUAUUUAACACUGUCGAAAGCAGCUGCUGCACAGACGGGUUAUAGGGAAAUGAUACAAAUCCUCACAUAAAGCUACACAGUAUUGGAACAAAAUUUGAUAUUUAACUUGACGUGAAUGUGUUUUACAAUUAAAUCUGAUUUAUUGAAA